ACAAUCGGGAUGAACCUUUCAUCACUUUCCUGUGAACUUUGGCCGUGCCUUUGGGCAGCCAGCCAUUCCGCAACCGAAACGUGUCCGUCCCCCCAUGGCGACUGCCGUGGCGCUUGCCGCUCCUCUCCGCCUUGCGCCGUCGCGGCGCUGGAGGUUCUCCGCCGACUUGCGGGCGGAACCUCCUUCCCGCCUAUCGAGCCGAAGGGGGGCCAGCGCCAGUUUCCCGACGGCGGCCGCGACGGUCCCCAAGGUCCUGGACGACUCGGUCAUCGAGCCAUACGGCAUAAGGGAUUACAUCGAGCGGUCGAGGGAGUUGAUCAAGCCGGACGGUGGUCCGCCGCGGUGGUUCUCGCCGCUCGAGUGUGGGGCUCGAGGAACGGACUCGCCGUUGCUGCUCUACUUGCCUGGAAUCGAUGGAACUGGGCUUGGAUUAAUUCGACAUCACCAUAGAUUGGGAAAGAUUUUUGAUAUUUGGUGCUUGCAUAUUCCGGUAAUGGACAGAACAUCAUUUGAAGGUCUUGUUGAAUAUGUCGAAAGAACAAUCAACUCUGAAAAGUCUUACUCACUGAACAAGCCAAUAUAUCUUGUUGGCGAAUCCAUUGGUGCAUGUCUUGCUCUUGCUGUCGCAGCACGCAACCCAGAUUUUGAUUUGGUUAUGAUUUUGGCCAAUCCAGCUACGUCCUUCUCCAAGUCUCAGCUUCAGUCUGUCUCAACUUUCUUAGGGAUCCUGCCUGAACCACUGCAUGUUACAAUCCCAUAUUUUGUUAAUUUCAUUACAGGAUAUCACUUGACAUUUAGGGAUCUACCCGACAACUUCAAUGACAUGUUGGCUGACCUUUCUUUUCUGGUUGAUAUUUUACCAAAAGAAUCUUUUGUCUGGAAAUUAGAUUUGCUGAAAUCAGCUGCUCUUUUUGUGAAUUCUCGUCUUCAUGUUGUGAAAGCUCAGAUAUUGAUUCUAGCCAGUGGGAGGGAUCAAUUAUUGCCAAGCCAUGAAGAAGCUGAGAGGAUUUGCAGUAAUUUGCCAAAUUGUCGAAUCCGUCAUUUCAAGGAAAGUGGUCACACCAUGUUCCUGGAAAGUGGCAUUGAUUUGGUAACUAUAAUAAAGGGCGCAGGCUACUAUCGUCGUUCAUCACAGAUUGACUAUGUGUCAGAUUAUUUAUUGCCAACUCCACUUGAGUUCCAACAGGCAACAGAAAUUUAUAGAUGGUUUGAUCUUGCCACCAGCCCUGUGAUGCUGUCAACUUUACAAAAUGGUAAAAUAGUAAAGGGCCUUAUGGGUAUUCCGUCAAAAGGACCGACUUUGCUUGUGGGGUAUCAUAUGUUGUUGGGUCUAGAGCUUGGUAUCAUGUUCUCAAGGUUCUUUACUGAGAAAAGGAUCCAUCUUCGAGGCCUUGCUCAUCCAUUUAUGUUUAAUAGAGCUUCUGAACAGCUAAUGCCUGAUUCAUCAUCAUUUGAUGGACAUAGACUCAUGGGUGCUGUUCCUGUCUCAGCAACCAAUUUCUAUAAGCUUCUGUCUAUGAAGUCCUUUGUCUUAUUAUACCCAGGAGGUGCACGUGAAGCACUUCACAGAAAGGGUGAAGAAUACAAGUUGUUUUGGCCUGAAAAAUCAGAGUUCAUCAGGAUGACAUCGAAGUUUGGAGCCACAAUAAUUCCAUUUGGUGUUGUUGGAGAAGAUGACAUGUGUGAUGUCCUGCUUGACUAUGAAGAUCUUGUCAAAAUUCCAUUUUACGAUACUUUAAAUAAGAGGAUAAAUCAAGAUGGUGUGCGGUUGAGGACUGAUACUGUUGAAGAGGUAGGGAAUCAAGAUCUUUAUCCCCCAGUAUUAUUACCAAAGAUCCCUGGGCGGCUUUAUUUCUUGUUUGGCAAGCCAAUUGAAACAAGAGGGAGGAGUGAGGAGCUAAGAGACAGGAAGCAGGCUCAGCAGCUAUAUAUUCAUGUGAAGUCUGAGGUUGAGAAUUGUAUGGCCUAUUUGAAGGAAAAGAGAGAAAAAGACCCAUAUAGGAAUCUGUUACCAAGGCUACUUUACCAAACAACUAAUGGUUUCACAAAUGAAGUUCCCACUUUCGAAAUUUGACAACCUGGAUCUCUAAAGGUGAUGUUCAUAUUCUUAUUUGUACAAUGGUGUCAAAAUGACUUCCAUUAUUUGCUGCAAUUUGUGGCAUCAGUAACUAAUACUGGUGAUGAUUUAAAGAUAAUGAAAUAAUUGUAUGCAAUGACCCUUAUGGAACAUUUCAUCUCCUCAUUUCUAUAAAUUAUAUGCAAUACGUAAGUUUGCCCCGCAAA